AUGGCUCCAAUUCGGCGGUACUUACGCAUCAGCAAGUUCUCUGUCCUCGAAUGUAGGAUUUAUUUAGAGGAUCCGUCCGACACACGAUGGCUGCUCGAUAGCCGCGACCCGGUUAUGCCGCGCAUCUUCGCCUCCAUUCGACCCCUAGUCCUUCCGAAGUUGCGAGAAGAGAAUGAGAGACUGUUUGCUCGGAAGAAAGGAAAGCCCGUCAAAGAUGUGAUCGCUGAAGACGAUUUCGAAGUUGCACUGUUUCUCAGAGAAUCGCGCACUCGGCAUUCGCUUUUGACGCGGCACAAGAACUUUGACGAGCCAGAGAACAAAUCCAAACGAACUGGAUACUUAGAGGGAAAAGGUGGACAGCCAGACACUGGCAUUUUGGUUGAGAGUGACAGUGAGUCGGAGUUGAACAUCAAUGCUAUCCCGCAAGCAGGUUCAGAGGAAGAAGAUGGCCCAUCAGAGGGCAAACGCACAAAACGGAAGAGAGACGAAUCUUUGCCAGAAUCAUCUGAGCACGAGGACAAGAAACUACGCUUCAGAACGAAUUAUGAGGGCUUCAACAUCCACGGCUGGAUGCUCUGCUUGCUCGUCACUCGAAAAGGCGACAAGGGCAAGGCCAGGGUAGAGGCAGCAGAACCUAAGCGCCAGGUCUUGAUGGAAGAGUGGAUAUCCACGCAGGCUCAAGGUGACCUCGGCGAAGAAUAA